CGGAGAGAAACGUUAACUCCGUGGGGAGGCUCUACUUGUUCCGAAGGAUCCGACUCUCCUCCGGCGCCAAGACUUGACUUUCCUAUAAUUUUCUCUCGCCGCCAAACGUCAUCUCACCAUAUUACUUGCAUUCUCCCGACGUCUCAAUCCACCUUGCUCUUAUAUCUUUAUUGUAUUUAUACUACUCGCACGGCCAUUGACAACUCGCAUCCACCCGUCUAUUCCUGCAGAGGCCGUACAGAAAACCCUCGACGAAGAAAUAAUCUUGAUGCUUGCUUCGCCUUCGGCUUGCUCACUUUGCGCGCAAUCAUCAUGUCCCUCCAACAACCUCUCCGCCGCUGGGUCCUGCAACCCCUCAAGUCAAACUUUAACUUCGCCUCGCAAGCGCCAAUGACGAUGCGCGCCGCCAGCCGCCGCCCAUUCUCCAUUCACAUCCAAACACCAACAACACGCGCAACCCGGCUCAGAACACCUCUCACCCAGCGCCAACGCCAAUAUCAACAAGCGUUCCGCUCCUUCCACAGCACCCGCACGCGCGCCAACAAGCGGGGCUCCUCGUCUUCAUUCACAUACGAAUCUCCCACCCCGUCGCCGUCGCUCUCGCAGCGUCUAAAGACGCUCUCAAAGGAGUACGGCUGGUCUGCGCUGUGGAUCUACCUGUUUCUCUCGGCGCUGGAUUUUCCCUUUUGUUUUGCGGCCGUGCGCUUAUUGGGCGCGGACAGGAUAGGUCACUAUGAGCAUGUAGUUGUGGAGGGGCUGAAGGGGGCCGUGGACAAGGUUUGGCCGGGGCUUUUUGCCAAGUCGAAGGAGGAGCAGGAAGAGGAGGAGGCCAAGGAGGCUCAGGCUGCUGAAGAGAAGAAGAAGAAUGGCGGGGAUGGGGCUAGUCUAUGGACACAGCUCGCUCUCGCUUAUGCGAUUCACAAGAGCUUCAUCUUUGUCCGUGUCCCUGUGACGGCGGCGAUCACGCCCAAAGUCGUUAAGCAGCUCCGGAGAUGGGGCUGGGAUGUUCUGAAGGGGAAGCCGAAGGCUAAGUAAAAGCCACGCCCCUUUCAAUACUCCAUCCAUCCCAUCAGUACUGACACAUCUCCCUGCCUUUGAUUAUUUGCAUAGCGUUGUACAACUAGAUGUUGUGCUCAUGGUUUGGACGUACAUUGUACAUUAGUUGUUAGAUCUAAUCCCUCCACUCUUGCAUUCUCACACUGGGUAUCUCACCGAGUCAGGGGGUUCAACAGAUAGAAAAAAAAGAAUAGAUAGCAAUGGAAAUGAGGGGAAAAAAAGAAAAAGAAACCGGUCCCAAGUCUAGAAAACGAAUUUUUUUCAAGGAAGACGACCAACUUGUUCAAUCAUAUAGAUGCUGUUGAUAACGAUGCAAUGAAACACACAGGAGCCUCCGGAAACAUGUAUAAAGGAAUGCUACUCAGACUCAUCAUGAUUGACAUAUAUAGAAAAUGAGGAAAGGGUGGAGAAUUAUAUGAUGGGGUAUAAAUUGGAUCAUCACAUAUCAAUCAUGUCAUUAAACCUCAGAAUGCCGUUGGCCUUCAUCACACCGUUCACGCCAUCGGGCAUGCGGUAUGCCCAUUCGGCCACACCCAUUGAGCCAGUUAGUUGGUUAUUCUCUGGCUGUUCGGCUUCAUCUGAGGUAUCCGCUACAAGUACAAGGCCAAGUUCCUUGAUAGUUUCGAUCAGGGCUGGCACGACGUUCUACA